UACGGUCACACAGCUGACUCCGAUUCGAUCCAAUUGUAAACAGGCUUUUCUGGUGAAGGCUUAAUGCACUUUGUACCCGCGAUACGGCACUGCACCGAACGGCGCUAAUCUUUGCGAGCUGUAAGACCAUCCCAUCUGAUAAUCCAGAAGAUUCUCUACUCUCCAAGACCUGUGCUGAGAGCGGUGACGAGUUGAUCAAACCAAAACCAUGUCCUCAUCCGAUGGAAAACUGCGCUACGAUGGCCGUGUGGCUGUGGUAACUGGAGCCGGCGCAGGCCUGGGCCGUGAGUACGCAUUGCUGCUUGCCGAGCGCGGUGCCAAGGUGGUGGUCAACGACCUGGGCGGCACCCAUUCCGGCGAGGGAGCUUCGCAGCGUGCCGCUGAUAUUGUCGUCGAGGAGAUUCGUCGGGCUGGUGGUGAGGCGGUGGCCGAUUACAACUCGGUUAUUGAUGGGGCAAAGGUCAUUGAGACCGCCGUGAAGGCCUUUGGACGCGUCGAUAUCCUGGUGAACAACGCUGGCAUUCUGCGUGACAAGAGUCUGGCCAAAACCAGCGAACAGGACUGGAAUCUGGUUCACGAUGUCCAUCUGAAGGGCAGCUUUAAGUGCACCCAGGCAGCGUUCCCACACAUGAAGAGCCAGAACUAUGGACGCAUUAUCAUGACGUCCUCGAACUCUGGCAUCUACGGCAACUUUGGACAGGCCAAUUACUCGGCGGCCAAGAUGGGUCUAGUUGGUCUGGCCAACACGGUGGCCAUUGAGGGUGCCCGCAACAAUGUCCUGUGCAACGUCAUCAUUCCCACAGCCGCCAGCCGCAUGACCGAGGGCAUCUUGCCCGAUAUCCUCUUCAAUGAGCUGAAGCCGAAGCUGAUUGCCCCGGUGGUGGCCUACCUGUGCCACGAAUCCUGCGAGGAUAAUGGUAGUUACAUCGAAAGCGCCGCCGGCUGGGCCACCAAGGUGCACACGGUGCGUGGCAAGGGUGCCGUCCUGCGUCCAUCCAUCAACGAUGCAGUCACCCCGGAAUACGUUAAGAACGUAUGGUCACAGGUGACGGAUAUGUCCAAGGCCAAGCAUUUGGAAGCCAUCGGUCAGGCAUCCGGUACUCUGCUGGAAGUGCUCGAGAAGCUAAAGGCUGGCGGCGGUGAGGCUGUGGAGGACACCUUUGAGUUCGACAGCAAGGAGCUUAUCACCUAUGCGUUGGGCAUCGGUGCUUCAGUGAAUAACGCCCAGGAUAUGCGUUUUUUGUACGAGAACGAUGGAGACUUCGCUGCCAUUCCAUCGUUCUUUGUGCUGCCCGGCCUCCUGCUGGCCAUGUCCACUGACAAGCUGAUGAGCAAGGCUCUGCCCGGCAAGCAGGUGGACUUCUCCAACAUUUUGCAUGGUGAGCAGUAUCUGGAGAUCGUUGAUGAUCUGCCCACCAGCGGCACACUGGUAACCAGUGGCCAGGUGUUUGAUGUGAUGGACAAGGGUUCCGGUGCUGUGGUCGUGACCAACACUGAGUCCUUUGACGAAAGCGGACGCCUGCUGGUACGCAACCAGAUCAGCACUUUUGUCGUCGGUGCGGGAAAAUUCGGUGGCAAGAAGGAGCCAAUUGCUGGUGUUGUUCCGGUGCUGCCGCCUCCUAAGCGUCAACCGGAUGCAUCUACCCAAUAUGCGACCAGUGAGAAUCAGGCAGCGCUCUACCGCUUGUCCGGCGAUCGCAAUCCCCUACACAUUGAUCCCCAGAUGGCCCUGCUGGCCGGCUUCAAGGCCCCCAUUCUGCACGGUCUUUGCACUUUGGGCUUCUCGGUUCGCGCGGUUCUCGCCCGGUAUGCCGACAAUAAUCCGGCACUUUUCAAGGCAGUCAAAGUGCGUUUCUCCGGUCCCGUCAUUCCGGGCCAGAGCCUACGCGUGGAUAUGUGGCAGGAGGGAGCACGCAUCUACUUCCGCACUGUGGUGGUAGAGACCGGCAAGGAGGUCAUUUCGGGGGCCUAUGUUGAUCUUAAGAGCAGCAGCAAGGCGAAGCUAUAAAUUUGACGAUAAACGCCAAAUGGCGUUGUAAAAAUAUGUAUACAUCCUGUGGUGGUAGAAGUAUUUCGCAUGUCAACUGUUUUUUGUAACCUGCAAAUAAAGUAGAUUGUUUUCUUUUUUUUUACAUA